CGUCACAAAUUAAUUGGCAUUUAAAUAACAAUUCAUAAUCAAUGUAAUUACCACCUAACUUUUGAAUCUGAAAUUGGACCUAGGUGCAUUAACUUCCGUGUUAUUCCUAGCUGAUGAUAGAAAAGAGCAAAAUUGUGAAGGUAUUUUGUUAACGGUUAGAAAAAUCACGCCUCCGCUUCGGAUUAUUAAUACUGGGGCCAAUCCACUAUGAGAUGUACCCCAAAGAAAUUGGCAUUACUGCAUUAUCUUAUGGAGAUCGGUUUAUACCUCGACGCUAUUUUUCGGAUAGCCUAAAGAGAAACCUUAAAUUUGUAACCAAAAAUAUGGAGAAAGAUGUCCUCAAAGUACGUUUCGCGGCUAAUUACUGGAGGCAAAAUAGCCUGAAAAUUGCAAUAAAUAAAGUUUUCAAGUUGAAAGAGGAAAGAAUUCUGCACCUUAGUGAUCAAAUAGUAAAAGGUUUAGAAAAUAAUGCGAAUAUUUUGGAGUGCCUUAACGAAUAUUCAGAUGACUACGAUUGGCGUUGCAUUCCUCGCUCGAAACCACUUGCAUUUGCCGAGACUACACAUGAUUCACCAGGAUUUGACUCAACUUUUGAUCCUAAUAUGGUGGAUUGGUCCAUUAAUGAACAAAUUGUAGCAUCUUUCGGACAAGAUGUGAUAAUUUGGAAACGAUCCGAUGAUGUUACCAUGUUAUUUAAUGUGAAAAGUAUAAAGUCCUUGGCUUAUUCUCCCGAUGGAAAAAUACUGGCGAUCGGAUGCAAAACAAACGAAUAUCCAGUUUUAGAAUUGUGGAAAGCUGGUUAUUCAACAAAAUUUGUGGUUGUAAAUGGGAAAGUGUUCUCUGCAGACCAUUCUGAUUUGCAUAGCAUAGUCUGGAACCCCACGGGAACUCAAGUUAUAUGUGGAACUGGAUCAGGAUGCUUGUACAUACUUUCUGUUCCCGAUUUGAAGGUACUAAGAAAAGUUCAUCGCCAUAAGAUGCCUAUAGUUAGAAUUAAGAUCUCACCGCAUAUGAGGUACCUAGCUAGUGGAGAUACAGGAGGAAACAUUGUGAUUUAUAAUUGGAGUUCAUGUGACGUGUAUCUUGUUGUAUGUUCAAAACGAAAGCUUCAUACCGAUUUCGAUUGGCACCCUUGGAACGGCGAGGACCUCGUUAUAGCCGAAAUGGUUCCUGCAUCAAUAGUUAUGCUCCAUGUUCCAAGCAAAGAAAUCGUGGCUUACUAUCAAAGGAAAGAUCGAAGAAUUAUUAUCAACUACAUAACUUUUAGCAAAAUUACGGCAGAAUUGCUUGUUAGUGUUUCAAUGGCAGACGACGAUGGCUGCUGGGAAUUUAAAAUUCUUGUGAUGUCUUCUCUCAAUCGUGUUGUGGAUUUGUUAUAUAUACAUGAAAGUGGUGCCCGUUUUGUAGUAUGGAGUCCUGAUGGCACUAGAUUGGCUACAUCUGGCAAUGAUGAAACUUUAACGAUAUGGAACUUUUGCCCGGAGAUUAGAACAGACAGCUCUACCUUAGGAAUUACACGUGAUGUAAAUUGUUGUAGUUUGGAUGCUAAGUUCGGUAGAGUUUUUAAUUCGUGGGCGUGCCUCAAGUAACUAUUUCCAUUUAUGUGCGAUUUAAAGUCGUGUUUUGUUUACAAUUUCGUUGUUAUAUUAUAUUUAAAUUUAUAAAUAUGUGAUAUUUAUUACAAAAUAAAUAUUUACUGUUGUGAUUUUAUAUAAAUACACCUAAAUACCUACAUAAAGUUUUUGCGC